GGAAUUACUCUUGUCAAAUGUAUCCAACGAAAUACCCUCGUUUAGGUGAAUUGCCAAUAAGACUUGUUUGUCAUUAGUGUUAUUUCAUUUCAUUCCAUAGGAACUAGAAUGAAUACCGAGCUGGAUGUGGACUUGGCCACUUCGUCGGUUCGUGAAUUUGAAGCUGGUGUCGAAAGCAGUUUUGACGUACUCGACCAACCCCUAUCUUAUGUCCAGUUCUUCCAUCGUUAUAUCUUAUCAAAUCGACCUUGCCUCCUUAAGAAAGGUCUAAUUGAACACUGGUCCAGUCGUAAGGAUUGGAUCGAUGGCGCAGGGAAUCCAAACAUGGACUUUAUCGAAUCAUUGGUCCCGAAACAUCAAAUGGUGCCUGUGUCCAUGUGUGAUACUCAGUUCUUUAACUCUCAAAAAUGUGAAGAAAUGAAAAUGCAAGAGUAUCAAGAUUAUUGGCGAAAGCUAUGCUCCUCCAAAAGCUCAACUGUAUCGCCCAAAUACCUCAAAGAUUGGCAUUUCUAUAGAGAUUGCCCCAACUAUAAGGCUUAUGAAACACCCGAAUACUUUUGCUCUGAUUGGCUCAACGAGUUUUGCGAGCGCGAUGAAGCACCUCAAAAAGAUGAUUACAGAUUCGUAUACAUUGGACCAGCCGGAAGUUGGACUCCUUUACACUUUGAUGUGUUCGGCUCCUUCAGUUGGUCGGCCAAUAUCGUGGGACAGAAACACUGGAUUCUCUUUCCACCCGACGAGAAACUACACCUAUGUGACCCUCGUGGCCAACUCCUGUACGAUGUCGAGGACUCCACGACCAGAGGAUUGCCACAAAUGUCUCAAAUACGUCGGAGAUUUGACGUAAUUCAAAACGAAGGCGAUGUCAUAUUUGUACCUUCCUUGUGGAUUCAUCAGGUUCGGAAUGUCCGCCCAACGAUAUCCAUCAAUCACAAUUGGUUCAAUGGAGCAAACAUCUCUGUGAUCGUGGAAGAGAUACUAGCGGCUUUGAAAGAUGUUCAGGCCGAGAUUCAAGAUUGCCGAGUAGGCUCCUCGGAUCAGGAAUGGGACGAGCUUUGCGAAAAAGUUCUAAAAGGAAAUCAUGGCAUGAGCGUUGGUGAUCUAAUUUGUUUGCUUGAGUACGUUGGAAAAAGACGAGUUCAAUGCUUGGAGGGCACCAUACAGGUCUCGUUUGAUGGCCGAGCUCUGACACAAAAUCAUUGCACUUUCGACCUGAUUGCCAUUGUUAAAGCAUUGAAACACAUCCAGACGAACGAGAUUAGCCCCAAGAUUCAUUCUUCAACCAUCGCAAAGCUUUUGACCAGGUUUGAACCGAAAAUUUAAAAGACUCAUUUCUAUUUGAAUUGUCCAAAUACAAAACUACAUUCACAAACGUGCUUUGCUGUACCUGGUCGUAGAUUUUCAAGAAGCUUUUGCCCAAAUGUCAUUUGCACUCAAAGCAAUGAGAUAAUGUCACCACGAUAUCGAUGAGGAAAAUUACCUUAGAAAAUGCACUUAUCACUCUCUAGAUGAGUUUGGUGUAUGCAAAUUCGAUUUCCAUGGGGCGACUCUUUUCCUUGCGUUCCCCAAUUGGCUCCAGGCUCUUUUAUGACGUAUUUUGGUUUUCGAGUUGUCAUCCAUGUAUGUAAAUAGCUAUGGUUUUUGGAGUUGGAAAUGGUUUCAUAAGGGACCUUGUUUACGAUGCUUAGACAGAACUGCAGUUGCCUCAUGUGGAUCAGUUGAUGGUGGUGCAUUUUCAUUCUAACUCGGUUCAGUCACGUGAGAGACCAAUGCCAUCCUGAUCGUAAAUUCUGAAAUGAAAGACUUAUAUCAAUAUUGUAUUUGCCGAUUAAUCAAUAAAAUGCCGAUAAUCGAUUGUGUAAAAAUUCA